AGAAGGCACAGGGCAAAACCCUAUGCCCAAAACCUCUGAACAAACAAUGGCGUUCUUCGAUCUCAACAUACCCUACCACGAAUCCGAUAAAAACAUUCCCGACAAAUCCACUCGAAAAUCCAAUCGCCUGAAGCUCACUGUGAAGUUAAUGGAAUUGGGCUACUCCGGCGCCGCCUACAACCGCACCAUCAAGGGCGUCAUGUCGGAAUCCGACCGCUGCGCCACGGCUCUCUUCCCUCUCUCCUCCGUCCUCAAGCUCGCUCCCUCCCUCUCCGCCGCCGUCAGCCUCCACCGCCGCCGCCUCGGCCUCCCCUCCUCCUCCCCCUUCCGCCAGUACACCCGAUUGACCGUCGCCGUCGACAGUCCCGCCCAGGCUUCGGCUCUCAAUUCGGGAAACCCUAUUCUCAAGACGUACGAUAUCGUUGCGGUCCGGCCGUUGAAUCAGAACGCAUUCGAGCAGGCUUGCCAGGCUUCUGAGGUCGACUUGAUUGCGAUUGAUUUUUCGGAGAAGUUGCCAUUUAGGUUGAAACAACCAAUGGUGAAAGCUGCCAUUCAGCGUGGGGUGUAUUUUGAAAUUACAUACUCGGGUCUUAUCAUGAAUGCUCAAGUGAGGAGGCAAAUGAUUUCUAAUGCUAAGUUACUGGUGGAUUGGACUCGUGGGAAGAAUAUUAUUUUUUCAAGUGCUGCCCCUUCUGUUACCGAAUUGAGAGGACCGUAUGAUAUUUCUAAUUUAUCAUCACUAGUUGGGCUCUCCGUGGAACGUGCUAAAGCAGCCCUAUCGAAAAAUUGUAGAUCUCUCAUAGCUAAUGCUUUGAGGAAAAAGCAAUAUUAUAAGGAGGCAAUCAGAGUUGAAGUAAUUCCACCCGGGAAACAAUUUGAUUCGAUGGAAUCUUGGCCCGAUGACUGGCUUAAAUGGGAUCCGAUCUCUAGUGGUGAGGGUGAUUUAUUAUUAGAUGACAUGGCAAGGUCCUUCUCUACCUCCAGCAAAGUUUCCAAAACUGUGAAAGCCAUUGAUUUCACUUCAAUCAGGGGCAAUUUAUCAUCAAGUGGGCUGCAAAUUGUAGAUUUGAAGUCUACACAGACUACAGAGCAGCAGCUGCUGCUUGUUGGUAAAAAAAAUUCUGUUGCUGUGGAAACUGAUGCAUCAAUUGCGGUUAUUGGACAAUCUCAACGGCUAGACAGUCUUGAUAGCCAUCCUCUAGCAGAUUGCAAUAUAUCUUAUGAUAUUCCAUCUCAACGUCAUACCUACUGCAGUGGAGAGUCUAUGAAGUCAUUUCUACCAUCUGAAACCCUGAGAGAUUUUAAUAAUUCUGGGCGAAUUGUAACCCACACUGGUGAGGAAGAACUUAAGAACUCAAAUCAAUUGGAUGUACCCUUCACAUCACUUGGAAUCAAAAUCCAUAGCAUGCAACCUGAAAAUAUCACCACUACUUGUGAUGCUCAUGUUAUUCCACACAAUCAUGAUGCAAUGUGCCAUACUUCAGCAAUGGACACUGAAAUUGCUGCCGCUUGUGAUGUUGCUGAUGCAGAAGAUUCUGCUCAACCCAAUGUUAUCAAAUUUUCUGUAUUCCAGAAUGAAGGGCCUAAGCAGUCAAGCCACUUGGAUGCACUUUCAAUUACAAAUCAUGGUACAGAUGGGGGAAUUGUAAUUGAGGAAAAUAUGAAAGUUGAAGAUGAUUUUUUGCUGCCAUCAUCUGAAAAGUCUAUGCAUGAAGACUUUAUGGAAAUAGAACAGUCUAGGGAAGCAAGAGAUGAUCCAGUUUCUACUGCUCGUGUACUGUCAAUUGUGGAGUCUCACAAUGAGAUCAAAGAUAGUGAAGACCAUCAGAUUGUACAUUAUGGGCUGCGAGAGGAGUUUGCAAUGGAAGAGCCAAUGCAAAAUGAACAUCGUGCUGAUAUUAAUUAUCCAACUUCAGUGAAGAGGAAAGUGAAACAGAGGAAACGCAGCAAAGCUUGUUUACUCCCUUUCAAGCGCUUUUUGAAUCCUACACCUUUCAAGAGGAAAGCUCAGAAAACUAAAGCCAUGAUUAAAUUAGUGUGAUUGUGUAAGUACUCCCCUUAGAAGUUUUGAUUGUUGAUUGACACAUGAAUAGCGGUCAAGCUUUGUACUUUAUUAUUAUUAUUAUUUUCUCUAGUUGCUUUUUUGUUAAUAAGUAGGUUAACAGUUUUGUUUGUCGUUUAACCCUUCAUUGUUGGGUUCUCAAUUUUGAUUUUUGGAGUUCUACAGUUGAAGAGGAACUUGAACUAGUCAACACUUUUGGCGAAGUACUUCAAAUUUAUUGUGGAGCGAGGAAAAUUUUUGGUCAACAUUCUAUAUAAUAUAAUGCUUAUGUUAAAGCA